AUGUCACAUCAAUGGAAGACAUUAGAUGAAUUUAAUAUAAUUGAUCAAAUACCAAAUCAUUUUCAACAACUUGUAGAGGUUAAAGGUGUUCAAUUCGCUGUUGAAAUAAUUGUUAAAAUUGUAUUUGGGUUGAAUAAGAAAACAUAG